AUGGUAUAUGCAUCGGAUAAUCACCACAACAAGAAAACAGAUGGGUGGAAGCUGAUACUUGUUGUGGAUAGGAUUGGGGCCGAGAACCCACCCGUUUCGUUAAUUGCGUGGAUGUUUGGUUCGAAUUUGAAGCAUAAAAUAAUCGAUAUUAUAUAUGAGUCUGGGAUGUCUGAUAAAACUCGUGAAUUAGAUCUUUGUCAGCCUUAUUGUGGUAAGUGA